AUGAGAAUUAACAAAUAUAAGGUUAACAUAUAAAUUUUCAAUUACUAUCAAAUGAUAAUGUAACUAAAAUUCAAAAAGAGAAAAUUUAAGAUGAAAAUUAAACUACUUUUAAAUAUAAAAUAAUAUUAGAGUGAAAUAAUCAAAAUAGAAGGCUGAAGAUAGAAGAAAUGAAUUAAUAUUAGUUUCCUGGGCAUUAUAUUAUUAGAAAUUUAUAAUUCCUGAAUUUCCAAAAUAAUUCAAGGAACAAGUCAAGAAAUCUUUAACAAAAUAAGAUAGGUUAUUAAAUCUAAUGAUAGGAUCAGAUUGUAGUAUUUAUUAGAGUUAAUGGAUUAAGGGUAUGUAUUAAUUAAAACAUAGAAUGGAAUAUGGAUAUAAAUUACAUCUUCUUAGGAGUUUCGAAAAAGGGAAAAAAGAAUGUAAAGGUAUCAUGCAAUAUCUUGAUAAGUCUCAAAUUUGAAGUGUGA